AAAUCUCUUCAGUUGUGUGGUUCGACGGCAGCAGAGCACACACACUGUACAACGCUCCGUGCUAUAGUUUAACAUUUUAAAGUAUAAUAAAUAACCGCUUACCAUGGCAACCGACGUCGUAGAUGACCAGGAGAUGAGAGAGGCUCAGAGGGACUACCUGGACUUUCUGGACGACGAUCAAGACCAGGGGGUUUACCAAAGCAAAGUCCGGGACAUGAUCAGCGAGAAUAAAGCCCGACUCAUCGUCAACAUCAACGACCUGAGGAGACGCAACGAGGCCCGGGCUGCAAAACUGAUGAACAAUGCCUUUGAGGAGCUGCUGGCCUUCCAGCGGGCUCUGAAGGACCUGGUGGCCUCGGUGGACGCCACCUACGCCAAGCAGUAUGACGAGUUCUACAUCGGCCUGGAGGGCAGCUUCGGCUCCAAGCACGUCACCCCCCGAACCCUGACCUCCCGCCUGCUGGGCAGCAUGGUGUGUGUGGAGGGCAUCAUCACCAAGUGUUCUCUGGUGCGUCCUAAAGUAGUGCGCAGCGUCCACUACUGCCCAGCCACCAAGAAGACAAUGGAAAGGAAAUACACUGACAUGACCUCGCUGGAUGCCUUCCCCUCCAGUGCCAUCUACCCCACCAAGGAUGAAGAGAACAACCCUCUGGAGACAGAGUUCGGUCUCUCCAUCUACAAGGACCACCAGACCAUCACGGUGCAGGAGAUGCCCGAGAAAGCCCCCGCCGGCCAGCUGCCCCGCUCCGUGGACAUCAUCCUGGACAACGACCUGGUGGAUGUAGUCAAGCCCGGAGACAGAGUGCAGAUCAUUGGAACGUACCGUUGCCUGCCUGGCAAGAAGGGAGGGUUCACCUCUGGCACAUUCAGGACCAUCAUGAUAGCCUGCCAUGUCAAGCAGAUGAGCAAAGAGGUGUCCCCCAACUUCUCCGCGGACGAUGUGGCCAAAAUCAGGAACUUCAGCCGGACUCGCUCCAUAAAUGUGUUUGAUCAGCUGUCUCGCUCCCUGGCUCCCAGUAUCCACGGCCACGAGUACAUAAAGAAGGCUAUCCUCUGCAUGCUGCUGGGCGGCGUGGAGAAGGUGCUGGAGAAUGGGUCGCGCAUCAGAGGAGACAUAAACAUCCUGCUCAUCGGUGAUCCAUCAGUAGCAAAGUCCCAGCUGCUGCGCUAUGUACUCCACACAGCACCCAGGGCCAUCCCCACCACAGGGCGAGGCUCCUCUGGCGUUGGUCUGACUGCCGCAGUCACCACUGACCAGGAGACCGGUGAGCGUCGCCUGGAGGCAGGCGCCAUGGUGCUGGCCGACCGUGGCGUGGUGUGCAUCGACGAGUUCGACAAAAUGUCUGACAUGGACCGCACGGCCAUCCACGAGGUGAUGGAGCAGGGCCGCGUCACCAUCGCCAAGGCCGGCAUCCACGCCCGCCUCAAUGCCCGCUGCUCUGUGCUGGCGGCUGCCAACCCCGUCUACGGCAGGUACGACCAGUAUAAAACCCCCAUGGAGAACAUCGGCCUCCAGGACUCCCUGCUGUCACGUUUUGACCUCCUGUUCAUCGUGCUGGAUCAGAUGGACCCCGAGCAGGACCGCGAGAUCUCGGAUCACGUGCUGAGGAUGCACCGCUACCGGGACCCCCGUGAGCAGGAGGGAGCAGCCAUGGCUCUGGGUGGCACAGUAGAUAUCCUGGCCACAGAAGACCCAGACGCAAUAGCAGAAGAGCACGAGGAGCUGCAGAUCUAUGAGAAACACAACAACCUGCUGCAUGGGAGCAAGAGAAAGAAGGAUAAGAUCGUGAGCAAGGAGUUCAUGAGGAAGUACAUCCACAUCGCCAAGGCUGUGACGCCCGUGCUCACGGAGGAGGCAGCCAAUCACAUCGCAGAAGAGUACUCAAGGCUGAGGAGCCAGGAGCAAAUGGGUGCUGAUCUCGCCAGGACCGCUCCAGUGACGGCACGUUCGCUGGAGACUCUGAUCCGUCUGUCCACAGCACACGCCAAGUCCCGGAUGAGCAAAGCCGUGGAGCUCGAGGACUCUGAGGUGGCCGUGGAGCUCGUCCAGUUCGCGUACUUCAAAAAGGUUCUGGAGAAAGAGAAGAAACGCUCGAGACAGGAGCGGGACUCUGGCUCAGAGGAGGAAGAGGAGUCAUCCACUCAGCGUUCCCAGAAAACUGCGAAGAAAAGGGGGCGGCGUGGCUCUCAAGGCAGCGAUCCCUACAGCCCAUAUGACUUCAGUGAAGAGCAGGAAGUCCCUGAGAUUCAGGCCGGCACCCCGAAACCAGCCAAGCCACAACGGCAGGAGGAGGAGGCCAUGGAUGCCACAUCACAGGCCGAAGACACCGAGCUGUCUGCAGAGAGGCUGAAGGAGUUCAAGUCGUCCCUGUUCGCAGUCUUCCAGUCUGCUCACGCUCAGUCGGUGAAGAUGAAGACCCUGAUGGACGACAUCAACAAAGAGCUUAAGAGCGGCUUUUCGGAGCCAGAGGUCCGAUCCGCUUUGGCUCGCAUGCAGGAAGACAACCAGGUCAUGGUGGCCGAUGACAUCAUCUUCCUCAUCUGAGGGGGAGGAGAGUGGGCAGUUUCUGAAAUUGAUUACGUGGACUGAAAGAAACAGUGAUUUAUAUUCAAAUGUACAUAUUGGACCUUUUUGUAUUCAUGCAUCCUCUUCUUUUCAACAAAACAAAAAAAUAAUAAUUAUUCUAGAGUUUAUGCUUAUGGUGCAUUUGAAUCCACUAUAGUGCACAUUGUUCCAUUAACUUGUGUGCAAGCAAGACUAGUGUGAAAAAAAUCAAGUCAUUUUAUGCACUUACUGUUUGUGUUCAAUAGUGGUAAUGUUACUUUAUAAUGUCCUUAUUACUGUGUACCAACACACUGCUGUUAGUGUAACUUGAUGAAGAAGGCAGAAGGGUUAUUGCAGCCCUGUGCAGUUUCAUUUAUUUAGCAAUGAAACCUGCUGUGCAUUAUUACGCCACAAUAAGGACAAUGAGUAGUUUUACCAACACAUCUGUUCUGGGUUUGUAUAUAGUUGACAAUAUGUUUUGGAAAUUGUUAAUUAACUGUAGUUGUGUAAGAAAAAAUAAAAUGUAAUGCUUGGGAAGGUUGUAUAUAAAAUAUACUUGCAUCAGA